AAUUAGGUGAUUUAGAGUAAAUGGAAUAAAGGAACAUUAGAUAUAAUUUGAAAAUUCAUUAUGUGAGAAGUAGUUUCGGCACCUGCUAUAAUUAUUUUUCAUAAAUGACUUAACUAAUUUAGUUGGAAGGUCUAAAGUUUAGUUCAGAAAAUCUUAGCGAUUUAGGAGGAAAGCGAGGAGUAGGUUCAUUUUUUGAAUGCUGCUGCUAUGUAGAUCCUUAAAAAUGGACUUCCGAAUAACAAAUUCACAAAGCCAUUUAUACUAUCUUAUAAAGUAGAAAUAUGUUUCCUUCAAGAGGUUAUGAAGAGAGACUUAAAGUUGAAUAAUUCUGUAAAUCAUAAAGCGAUAUAAUGCCUUAGACUUUUCAUACUAAUUAAUUUCCGACUACUCAAAGUACAUUAAUUACUUAAAGGUAUCCUAUGUAAGAUUUAGAGAGAUAUUUAUCUGCUCCUAAUCCAUUUAUAAACUAAGAUGAUUUCUUAUAAGAGUCUGAAAAAGAAACUACUUGUGAUGUUACUUCAUAAGACAUACUUUCCUGCAUAGAUCAAAACAACAAUAACUUAAAUUAUAAUGAUAGUAUAAAUUUAUUUGCAUAAACGGAAGUGAGUCAAUAAAAUAAAAAUGAUUAAAGAGGAUUGAAUAGCUAAAUUGAUAUUUUUAGCAAUUAAUAACACCAAAAUGGGUUGAUAUAGACUUAAAAGGAAUCAAAUUAAAAUGCUUUUCUUGAUGUUUAAGAAUCAGAUAAAAGCUAUCAAGAUGAAUAAAAAUAAAAUCCACUGCCCUCACCAUCUUCUCAUUCCUCAUAAAAUAAAUGGCAUCCUAGUAUUUUAAAAGAUAAUACUGAAAGCAGUAUAAUGUCUUAAUAAUAAGAUCUUAAUUUAGAAUAAUCUUCAAUAAAUUAAAAUACGGAAUAUUCAGCAUUGCAAAAAAAUGAAGAAACCAAUUAAAAAAUAGAUGUAUCUCUAAAUAAAUCUAAUGAUGAUUAUAUUUCAGAAAAUAAUUCAUCAACAUAAAAAACAUAAAAUAAACUAGUAGUAGCACAAGAGAAUAUUGAAACUAGAGCAGAAGAAGAAGAAGAAGAAGGACAAGAAAAAGAAAAAACUAAAUCAAACAAUUUUAUUUAAACUAUUGAAAUAAAUAAACUAGUAGCAAUAGAACAUGUUCAAAAGAAAAAAGAAGAAAGAUAAGAAAAAGAAGAAAAUAAAUCUAAUGAUAUUGCUUAAGCUAUUUAAAAUAACAAUUCUUUUAAUGAUGAAGAAUCAGAAAUCAAUUCUUAAAUUCAUCUGAAUAAUACUUAAUGCCAUUCUAUAACUUCAAAUAAAUUAAAAAAUACUGAUGAUAGCAGAAACCUAGGUGAGUCAAAGUUAUAAGAAAUCAAUCUCAGUGACUCUGAUAUCAAAUAUGAAGAGUAGAAAGAUCAUGUUCUGAAUAUACAUUAAAUGAAAACUGUAGAUAUGCAGCAAGAAAAAGAACAGGUCUAUAAUGAAUAAACAAACUAUUAGAUUAAAAUGCUUAUAAAAGAAGUAAACUUAUAAAAAUAGAAAAAUCAUUAGCUUCUAAAAGAAAAAGAAAAAGACAAAGAUAAAAUAAAUAUUUUAGAAUCUAGUGCUACUUAAUAUAUAGCAGAAAAUUGUGAGUUAAAAUAAUAAGUAAUUGAAUUGAAAUAAAAAUUAGCCUAGACUGAAGUAAGAGAUUUUGAUUAAGAUAUUUUAUCUUAAAAUAUUGCUUAGUUAUAAUAGAUAAACUAAGAAAAGUACGAGCUAAUGUAACAACAAGAGAAAAGCUCAGAUAUAUUUAAGGAUUUGUACAUAAAAGAGUUAGAGCAAACUCUAAAUCAAGCUAGAGAUGAAAUUUUAUUUUUGAGGAAGGAACUAUCACAAAAAAAUGAGAUGUCCGAAAUCCUUAAAUAGAUUCAGUAAUCUUUAAAAAAAUGA